UGACGGCGCCAUUCUGAACUCCACUCUGCCGUCUGUCAGCCCUUUCCCCCCCUCCUCACACUCUCUUCAUUCCUCCUCCUCUUUGUCUCUUUUCUGCCUCUCGUUCAUUCCACCGGAGAGCCGCAGCGCCAUCCUCGAGGAUCCGACACGGAGAGCCCACAGCCGGGCAGCGGAGUUCAGUGAACAGCGUCAGAAUGCGGUGCCACAAGUUUUGGGGUCCCUGUUCGGUUGGAUUUUAUAUUUGUACUGCCAUGCUUUUUAAAGGUUCCUUGCAGGGGGAACACCAGAGGAAGCUGUACAAGGAGCUGCUGGCGAACUACAAUCGAUUAGAGAGACCUGUUGUUAAUGAUUCAGCUCCUAUCCUGGUGGAGCUCGGCCUCACGCUGCUGCAGAUUAUAGACGUGGAUGAGAAAAACCAAGUGUUAAUGACCAAUGCGUGGCUCCAGCUGUACUGGACAGACGUCUACUUAAGCUGGAAUCCAGAGAAUUACCCAGGUGUCCAGAACCUGAGAUUCCCUUCUGACCAGAUCUGGACCCCUGACAUUCUUCUUUACAACAGUGCGGAUGAGCGCUUUGAUGCCACAUUUCACACCAAUGUCCUGGUGAAUGCUUCUGGUCACUGUCAGUACAUUCCCCCGGGCAUCUUGAAGAGCACUUGUUACAUCGAUGUGCGUUGGUUCCCCUUUGACGUGCAGAAGUGUGACUUGAAGUUCGGCUCAUGGACUCACAACGGCUGGCUACUGGACUUGCAGAUGCUUGAUGUGGACACAUCCACUUACAUACCCAACGGAGAGUGGGACCUCGUGGGUGUGCCAGCCAAGCGUAAUGAGCUGUAUUACGAGUGCUGUAAGGAGCCCUAUCCUGAUGUGACCUUCACAGUCACCAUGCGCCGCAGGACUCUUUAUUAUGGACUAAAUCUGCUCAUUCCCUGUGUGCUGAUCUCUGGUUUGGCUUUACUGGUCUUCCUGUUGCCAGCAGAUUCUGGAGAAAAGAUUUCUCUGGGCAUCACUGUGCUGCUUUCGCUCACUGUCUUCAUGCUUCUGGUAGCAGAGAUUAUGCCUGCCACAUCUGACUCUGUACCGCUUAUCGCUCAGUACUUUGCCAGCACAAUGAUGAUUGUGGGAAUGUCUGUGGUGGUGACUGUCAUAGUCCUGCAGUUUCAUCAUCAUGACCCUCAUGGGGGCAAGAUGCCCAAGUGGGUUCGUGUGGUUCUGUUGAACUGGUGUGCCUGGUUCCUCCGUAUGAAACAACCUGGUGAGGAGCGCAAGAGGCCACAGUACAAGUAUCGCCAUACCUCCCAGCAUCACUCCAGCACCAGCUCCAUUGAGAUGGGCACAAUGCCAAGCCUCACAGUGCCUCUGUCACAGGCAUCAUGCCCACCCUGCACAACAGGCACUUCCAAUGGUUCCAUGAGUCUCUACUUUGGGAGUUACCAUCCCAUGGAGAGUCCACACUGCCCACCUUCCAGCGACUCUGGAGUCACGUUGGGCGGACGCACUCAUGGAUCUAUGGGUGACGAGACUGAGCCGCCGGGGGGAGUUUGUGGUGUUGGAAGUCUUGGAAUGGGAGUUGGCAUCCCCCCACCUGAGAUCUUGCGCAUCUUGGAGGAGGUGUCAUACAUUGCACAGAGGUUUCGGGACCAGGACGAAGCUGAGGCAAUCUGCAGUGAGUGGAAGUUUGCAGCUGCCGUAGUGGACCGACUGUGUCUGGUGGCCUUCUCUCUCUUCUCCAUCAUUUGCACUUUCACCAUCCUCAUGUCAGCUCCUAACUUCAUUGAGGCUGUUUCCAAGGACUUCACAUAACCAGCUGCUGAAAGACAGAGAAGGAAGGAGGUGUAAAUAAUCAGACUUUAAAGAGAGAUUUGGAAAGGAAAUCAGAGACAGGGAGAAGUGUAUUCCCCGACCCACCUACUUGGCAGCCAUUUGUUUUGAGAUGGGCUUGUAGUGUCUCAUUAGAAAAAUAUUUUCUUCAGCAACUUUGUAAAUAAAUCAUAUCAUAAUAAGCAAUUGUUAAAUAAUGUAAACACUUAAACUUAUGAGAAGAUAUAAACUAAUUACAAGCCUGUAAUAAAAAACUUAGUAUGUAUGUGAGAUUAAGACAUAAAAUUCAGCUGUUUGCAAAUUAUGUAAAUCUUAAAUGCAAUGUUGAUACAUGGAAAUAUUAUUUUUAAGCAAUUUUUGCGUUCUCGAUUUUAAUGUCAUCAACAACUUACAAAAAGAUGGCAGUAGCUUCAAAUAUAUUGAAGCUAUAUCUUCAAUAUAUCGAUAUAUUGCCUUGCUAAUCAGAUGAAUUGGCAUUCCUACUCCCUCUUUAAAGCAACCAUUUGUCCAUAUCAGAGGAUUCAGUGUAGAAUGAUGGGCAGAUUUUUACAAGGCUAUAACAGGAUAGAAAAGAAGACCAAAGAAAUUGAGUGGAAACAAAGGAAACUACCAAAAUCAGAUCACUGUGAAUGUUGUAUUGUUUUAAUUUGGGUAAUCAAAUAGCUGUAGACUUUUCCACUUUGGGUUUUGCGUCAGACUUAGCUCCCUCAACAGGCAAUGCCAAAACAUAGAUAUUAUAUCAUAAGACCACUCUGACAAUGUUCAUUAGUAAUACAAAUGUUUAGCCGUUACACAGGAUGCACAAACAUUUGUCUUAAAUCUAGUAAAGUUAUACAAUUGUUUCCCAAAGUAAGGUAUCAUAACAAGUGAGCACACUAGUGUGACUGUGGCUCAGUGGUAGAGCAGUCAUCUUUUAAUCGAAAGGUUGCAUGUUUGAUUUCAGAUUCCUCUUGUCAUAAUGUUGAUGUGCUCCAGGGCAAGGUACUUAACCCUAAGUUGCCUCCUGAUCCAUGUAUUGGUGUAUAAAUGUGUGAGUUUGAAUAGAUGAAUGUGUCUGUACUCUCUAUAUAUUUGUGUGCUUGACUUGAAAGGCACAAUAUAAAAUCAGUCAAUUCAGCAAGUUUUUAAUUUAACCACUGAAACUAACUGUGAUAAUGCAUUUUCAUAAAUAGGUAGUGGAAUCUAAUAAUUUCACUUCAGAAUGAUAUUUAUAUUGUGUUCAAAACAGAAAUCAUCAUAUCUGUGCAGAAAAAAAAAGCAUCUAUAAAUACAAUUAAAUUAUUGAAAGGAUGCAUAAUGACGAUCUUAAUCCAACUUGGUUGAUAAAUUUGCUUUAAAAGAUAUCCAAUGGGAAAUGGUCUUUAAAACACAAACAAUAUACUGGUAUCUAAUGGGACUCUUUUGGCUUUUAAAGUAAAAGUCCUAAGUAAAGUUUUUUGUUUGGUUUAUUUCUGCAAUUAGAAAUAAUUGAGAGUCUCGCAGCAAAAUGCAUUCAGGGCCUUCACAUUUAUUGGCACCCAUGGUGAAUUAUUAUGUGUAAAAAGCCUUAAAUAAAUUGAUCAUUUAUGAUACUAUGAGUUCUAAGCAAUGUUCCCAGGACUUUCCUUAAUUUUAACCCUAGCUUAGCUUAACAAUCCCUACAUUUUUAUGUUUGUGUUGGUCGUAUAGAAAAAGCUUUUUCUGAACCCCAAACAAUCUGUUAGCACAUACAGCAGAUAUGGUUUGAUGGUUGCAGUGUGGUUGACAACAUAAAUGUAUCUCUUUGCUGCAGCACUGAGCUGUGGAUUUUUUACUUCCCUCAUCAUCCUACUCAUUGUGCAUGGAGGCAACAUAAAUAUGCCUCAUUAUCCAAUGUCGUGGACAGUGGCUGAAAGAAAUGACCGCCUGUCAUUUCAUAUCAAGAGAGGCAAAAAGUCAUGGAUUAAUAAUGAGAAGUUGAUAGAAGUUCAAAUUAACAGAAAAAGUAACUUGUGAAUAUAAAAAUGUGUCACUUACAUUUAAUUUCAAAGGGUUUUGGAUUUUAGACAAUCAUGGAUGUAGACAAUUGUAGGCAAUUUCUUAAACAAAUUAGAGCUUGUAUUUUUCUACAUUUAUUCAAUGUGAGAUUAGGCUACAGGAAUUAAAAAUAUGUCUUUUUAAUGUGUUUUUUUACACAUUUUUAACAGGGUGCCAAUAAAUGUGGCUCUCAGGAUUUCAGAGUAAUUUUUAUAAAACUACUGUUUUGCUUAGCAGAGCAGUGUGCAUUUAUCCCUUUCAAUGUUUCUCUGAGUGUGAUUUAUCUGUAACGUUAUGAUAUGGGGAUACACAUGACUUACCAAGCCUUUUAAAUGGUCUCUGGACAUGAAGAGCAAUCUAACUUUUGAACAUUAAAUCCAACACACAGUAUAGCUUAGGGCUUAACAGUAGACAGAAAACUAACCACUCUCUUAUUGUACCAUAUUGUACAUACAGAAAGAACUUUCUGGAGUUUCAAUGAUUUAUCUGUUUUGCAAAUUCAGCUGAGAAAGUAAAAAUGAGUGAAGUUUGUAAAUGUGCUUGCAUCCAUCUCCACCCUGUAGUUUCAGUUGUGGUUGCGAUCCUUGUUCUGUUCAUCUCUGUCAUUCUAACCAUGGAUUCAUCACUGCGGUAAUAAAGGGUAUUUAUUCUGUCUAUAA